GGCUCAAGAGCCUGGAUCCCCGCACUCGCUGUCACGACAGGAAGAGACUCCGGCCGGCCGUGCUCCGGGCCCCACCCCCUUCCCUGGCUCGUCGCUGCGCCGAGACCCCUCCCCAGCGUCCCAGGCGCGGGGCCCCUCGCCCAGAUUCCCAGUAAACUUUCCCACCCUGGGCUCGAGAUCCUGGACUCCGGGGCUUCCCGGCCUGGUUCCUCCUCGAGCCUCUCCCUGGACUAGAAGCGAGCAGCCCCCCUCCCCACGGCCCUCCCUCCGUCUCCAGCCUCUUUGGGGGAGGGGGCUCUCCGCGCGCCGGGGGAGUGCCCGAGGGUGACCAGCGCCUCGCUCGCCUUCCUAUCUCGCCUGUGCCUGGAUAUCAUUUCCAAACGAAGCUGCCCGCAGGAUGACCACGCUGGCCGGAGCUGUGCCCAGGAUGAUGCGGCCGGGGCCGGGGCAGAACUAUCCGCGCAGCGGGUUCCCGCUGGAAGUGUCCACCCCCCUCGGCCAGGGCCGAGUCAACCAGCUGGGCGGUGUGUUUAUCAACGGCAGGCCGCUGCCCAACCAUAUCCGCCACAAGAUCGUGGAGAUGGCCCACCACGGGAUCCGGCCCUGCGUCAUCUCCCGCCAGCUGCGCGUGUCCCACGGCUGCGUCUCUAAGAUCCUGUGCAGGUACCAGGAGACCGGCUCCAUCCGGCCGGGUGCCAUUGGCGGCAGCAAGCCCAAGCAGGUGACGACGCCUGACGUGGAGAAGAAAAUUGAGGAAUACAAGCGAGAGAACCCGGGCAUGUUCAGCUGGGAAAUCCGAGACAAAUUACUCAAGGACGCGGUCUGUGACCGAAACACCGUGCCCUCAGUGAGUUCCAUCAGCCGCAUCUUGAGGAGUAAAUUCGGAAAAGGGGAGGAGGAGGAGGUCGACCUGGAGCGGAAAGAGGCAGAGGAGAGCGAGAAGAAGGCGAAACACAGCAUCGACGGCAUCCUGAGCGAGCGAGCCUCAGCACCCCAGUCAGAUGAAGGCUCAGACAUUGACUCUGAACCCGACUUGCCGCUAAAGAGGAAACAGCGCAGGAGCCGAACCACCUUCACAGCAGAGCAGCUGGAAGAAUUGGAGCGUGCCUUUGAGAGAACCCACUACCCUGAUAUUUACACCCGGGAGGAGCUGGCACAGAGGGCAAAGCUCACCGAGGCCCGAGUGCAGGUCUGGUUUAGCAACCGCCGUGCAAGAUGGAGGAAGCAAGCUGGGGCCAAUCAACUGAUGGCUUUCAACCAUCUCAUUCCGGGGGGAUUCCCUCCCACCGCCAUGCCCACCUUGCCAACAUACCAGCUGUCGGAGACCUCGUACCAGCCCACUGCUAUUCCACAAGCCGUGUCAGACCCCAGCAGCACCGUGCACAGACCUCAGCCGCUCCCCCCGAGCACCGUACACCAAAGCACUCUUCCUUCGAACCCGGACAGCAGCUCUGCCUACUGUCUCCCCAGCACCAGGCAUGGAUUUUCCAGCUACACAGACAGCUUUGUGCCUCCGUCCGGACCCUCCAACCCCAUGAACCCCGCCAUUGGCAAUGGCCUUUCACCUCAGGUAAUGGGACUCCUGACCAACCACGGCGGGGUACCCCAUCAGCCCCAGACCGAUUAUGCUCUCUCUCCUCUCACUGGGGGCCUGGAACCUACCACCACGGUGUCGGCCAGCUGCAGUCAGAGACUAGACCAUAUGAAGAGCUUGGACAGUCUGCCAACAUCUCAGUCCUAUUGUCCACCCACCUACAGCACCACGGGCUACAGUAUGGACCCAGUCACAGGCUACCAAUAUGGGCAGUAUGGACAAAGUGCCUUUCAUUAUCUCAAGCCAGAUAUCGCAUAAGUGGACUGUCCACUUGGAGUAAAACUGGCCCUGUUUCCAGUCUCCACAGCCGAGACAUGAAGAAUCUCAGAAAAAAAAUCGCCCUCUCGGGGGGCAGUCUUGACAGGAGACAGAGGAGAAUGAUUGAUUUUCUUUCUCCAGUAGUCGGUUUCAAAUUCUUUUGAACAUGCUGGACAAAAGCCGUGGCGAAAAGGAAGACGCAGAUCAGUAAAGACAAAUGCAACAUUUUAAGGCAAUGAUUUAACAUGGCUACAUAUCAAAUAUCCCAACAUUUAGUGCUGAUCAUCAAGGAGCUAAAACAUUCCAUUUGUGUGUGCGUGCACAUGUAUGUAUGUGUGUGUGCACGUGUGUGUGUGUGUAUGUGUGUGUGUGAGAGAGAGAGAUCUAUCUGAAUUGGUUCAGGCAAGCAGAAUGUUCUAAAAUAUAGUCAGAAAAUUCUCUAAAGUAUAACCUUGAUAUCCAAUGCUGACACUUCUACAACUUUUAAGCUGCUCACUUAAUGAAGCAGGCAUGGAGGAAUCCUUGACUUUUACACACUGGAAAUUGAUUUACAAAUAAAUGCCACCGUUUUUAGGAAGAUAGACUAGCUAUAAAGGACCUCCCAAAUAAAUUAUUUGUUCUCUUAUCCUCACUUGUACUUCAGUUGUUACUAAAUGUCCCAGAAGGACACGUCUUGCUAAUAGGACCUGGGAUAAGGGGAGGAAAAGCCGGUUUUCUUUCCCAGCGUGGGAGAGGUGUGUGUGGUUUUCGCAAUUCAGUUUCACGUGGAAGCCUACCUGGGCGGGGAGGGGGCGGAGAAUUGAGUGCAUUCCCACAGCUGCUUAUCAGUGUGCAAUACUGUGUACCUCACGGACGCCUUGGCAAUGCCGGGGUCAUAGAUACAGAAU